AUGAAGUGCAUUUGUCUACUCACAAUUUUAGAAGUAUUUUUUGUUAUUGAGAGCAGAGGUUUUAUAAGGUUAUUUCAAUCGCUGUCCCAUAAGAACAGUGUUAAACUGCUUAUCAUAGACCGCAUAUUUCUCUCUACUCCAUAUAUAUUCAAAAAUAAUUAUGGAAACAAACGUACACCAAAAGUAUUUAAAAAACUCAGUGUUUCGUUACAAUCGUAUGGCAAACACUUUUGUGGUGGAUCACUAAUUGCUCUAGAUAUAGUUUUGACGGCAGCUCAUUGCUUUUACGAUGACAAAAACCGUUUGCUGGAUCCUGAACCAUACAAGGUCGUUGCUGGAUCUUAUAACGUUAAUAAUAAUCACUCACACACUAGAUCUGUAACAAAAGUUUAUCUCCACAAGGAAUACCGUAAAAAAAAUAACGGCAAAAUGUGGAAUGACAUCGCUGUUUUGAGGCUUGAAGAAAGUUUCGCUAUUGAAGGUAGUCUGCCUAACAGUAUUCGUUUGGCAUCAUUACCUGGGAAAAAUCAAGAUUUUUCAAAAAAAAUUAUAGUGGUAUCAGGUUAUUACAAUGAUGGCAAUACCUUGUUGGGGUUAUUGAAACAAAAAAGAGUGAAUAUUGUUGAACCCAACUUGUGUGCUGUCGACCUUCAUCCAAGUUUGCUGUGUGGACAGAAAACAGACGUGGUGUCGAAUUUGGAAGAUCUUUGCGAUCUCAACAGUGGUAGUCCUCUUGUAGUGGGAAGUAGAGUAAUUGGAAUUCUGAGUUCAUUACCACCAGAUUGCGAUGAGUCUGGGGAACCAGCAACAUAUACCAAAGUUACCGAGUUUUUGGAUUUCAUACACAAUGCUAUGAUGGAUAAGCAAACAAACGACAUGUUGGUUCAACCCAUUAGUUCUACUACGUCUAUAAUAAGACAUAGUCAUGGAAACAAACGUACACCAAAAGUAUUUAAAAAACUCAGAGUUUCGUUACAAUCGUAUGGCAAACCCUUUUGUGGUGGAUCAUUAAUUGCUCUAGAUAUAGUUUUGACGGCAGCUCAUUGCUUUUACGAUGACAAAAACCAUUUGCUGGAUCCUGAACCAUACAAGGUCGUUGCUGGAUCUUAUAACGUUAAUAAUAAUCACUCACACACUAGAUCUGUAACAAAAGUUUAUCUCCACAAGGGAUUCCGUGAAUUAAAUAAUGGCAAAAUUUUGAAUGACAUCGCUGUUUUCUCUUAUUUCUGGUCGGAAAAUGUAGCUCAUGCCGAAAUAGAUAUAUUAGAACCUGUAUGA